UAUUUUUGGGAAAAGGGCCUGAUUUACCCCUCUAUUUUGGUAAAAGGUUCAUAUUUACUCCGUUAUACUAUCAGACCAUUUAUACUCCUACCGUUACAAUAGUUGAACCAUUUACCCUUAUUUUUAACCCUCUGUCCACCGUGGCUACUGGCUUUUUAAAUAAAUGUCACGGUGGAAAUUUUAUGCCACAUAAGAGGCCAUGUCACCCAUAUAAUUAAAUGGGUCCUAAAAUUGAAAAACUCAAACGAUGCUUCUUCUUAUAUUCUUCUUCUUCACCAUCAAAAGCUAGGGUUUUUUUCCUCUGUUAUAUUCUUCUCUCCUCUCUUCCACUGUUUUUGUCUUGAAAAAUGUCAGAAAAUAGCUCCUCGUCACAGUUGAAGUGCCAUUGUGGUUUGAUAGCUAGCCACUUAACUUCAAAAACUCCUUCAAACCCUGGAAGGAAGUUCUUUAAGUGUCCUAAGCCUAAGAUUAAUUCUUGUGGUUAUUGGAAAUGGGAAGAUGUAAUAUUUUCGGAUACUCCAUUGACUGAAGUCAGAGAGUUAGUGGCUGCUUUGGAUGCUCUUAAGGUUGAAAUAGACAAUUUGAGGAAAGAAGUAGCCAAAUUGGAGGCUAUAAGUCAUUCUCAAGUGAUUAAAGUGUCAACUUUGGAAGACAAAGUAACAAAGAUGUGGAUGGUAAUUAUAGUUUCAUUGGCACUUUUCGUGGGUGUCAUUACAGCUCCAAUGAUGAAGUGAUGCCCUUACGAGACUAGUAUUUAUGUUUUUGGUGUAACUCGAAAAAUCCUAUCAUGAAGUGGUUUUAAAUGCCUUUAUUUCGAUGAAUGUAAUGUAAUGCCCUCAUUUGGAUAAGUUGUUGUUGUAAUUUGUCCAAUGUGAAACCUUCUUUUAGAUGAAAUAGGCAUACUGUCCUUUGUGAUUGCAAAUGGUUUCAAAUUCAAUGGCAUUCUGUCCAAUUAUAAGGCAAAUAAAGUUGAACCAAGAGAU